UCGGUGGUUCUGGCUCCCAGCGGUUUGGACCCCGCGGCCCGUGGUCUCCCCGGGAGGGACCUGGCUUCCGGCCACCGGGGGCCGCAGGUCCACCCUUGCUGGAAGCACCACUAGAGCUUCCACGGCCGCGAUGGCGUCUGCCUGGGCUGCCCUGGCCCACGGGGACAGGGGUGCGCUUCUGGAAGUAAAGGUGGAGGAGGAAUACAGGAAUACCGCCAGACAGGAUCAGAACCUGCAGAAGAACGACACCCACAGCAGGGAGGUCUUCCGACAGUACUUCAGGCACUUCUGCUACCAGGAGACCCCUGGGCCCCGCGAGGCGCUGCACCGGCUCCGCGAGCUGUGCCGCCAGUGGCUGAGCCCAGAAAUACACACCAAGGAGCAGAUCCUGGAGCUGCUGGUGCUGGAGCAGUUCCUGACCAUCCUGCCCGAGGAGCUCCAGGCCUGGGUGCGGGAGCACCAUCCGGAGAGCGGGGACGAGGUGGUGACCGUGCUGGAGGAUCUGGAGAGGGAGCUGGACGAACCGGGAGAGCAAGAGACGGCCCUUCUGGGAACAGGCCUGGAGCCCAGCACGUCCCUCCCAUCUGUGGUUGCCCGGCUGAAGUGUGAAUCUCCAGGAAGUGGAGCCCAGCCAGAGGAGCAAGUUUCAGGUGUUGAGACUGGAAAUGAGUACAGGGAUUUAACUCUAAAGCAAGAAGCUUCUGAACAGAUGGCACCACAUGGGAACAUGGGUAGUGGAUUUGAAAGUGAAGUGUCCCAGCUGGCUUGGUGCAGAGAAGCUUACGGAUCUGAAGCAGAAACCGAAGAGUCUUCUCGACACUCCAGGGAAGGUGAACAAUCUGUGGGUGAUGAAAACAGAGUCCAUCUGACUGAACAGCAGAGGGCCUGUCCAGGAGAAAAACCUCAUGAGUGCGAGGAGUGUGGAAAAGCCUUCAGUAAACAUUCGAACCUCCUAGAACAUCAGAGGGUCCACACUGGAGACAGGCCCUACAAAUGUGAGGAAUGUGGGAAAACUUUCCGUGGGAGAACAGUGCUGAUUCGGCACAAAAUAGUACACACGGGAGAGAAACCGUAUAAAUGUAAUGAGUGUGGCAAAGCCUUUGGCCGCUGGUCUGCUCUUAACCAGCAUCAGAGGCUCCACACAGGAGAGAAACACUACCACUGUAACGAAUGCGGCAAAGCCUUUAGCCAGAAGGCAGGCCUCUUUCACCAUCUCAAAAUCCACACAAGAGACAAACCAUACCAUUGUGCUCAGUGCAAUAAAAGUUUUAGUCGGCGUUCAGUACUUACUCAACAUCAAGGAGUUCACACUGGGGCGAAGCCCUAUGAGUGCAGCGAGUGCGGGAAAGCCUUCGUUUACAACUCCUCCCUGGUUUCCCACCAAGAGAUCCACCACAAAGAAAAGUGCCAUCAGUGUAAGGAGUGUGGGAAAUCCUUCAGUCAGAGUGGCCUCGUUCAGCAUCAGAGAAUCCACACUGGGGAGAAACCUUACAAGUGUGACGUAUGUGCAAAAGCCUUUAUUCAGAGGACGAGUCUUGUAGAACAUCAGCGAGUUCACACUGGAGAGAGACCUUACAAAUGUGAUAAGUGCGGGAAGGCCUUCACUCAAAGAUCAGUCCUCACGGAACAUCAGAGAACACACACCGGAGAGAGGCCGUACAAGUGCGACGACUGUGGGAAUGCCUUCCGAGGCAUCACCAGCCUCAUUCAGCACCACCGGAUCCACACUGGGGAGAAACCCUACCGAUGCGAUGAGUGUGGCAAAGCCUUCAGACAGAGGUCAGAUCUUAGCAAACACCGGAGAAUCCAUAGUCGAGCUGCUCCUUCUAAAGAGUGCGGGGAAUCGUUCAGGCAGGCCUCCGCCCUUGCGCAGCCUCAGACCGUCCACGAAGGAGAGGAGUCUGCUUCUGUGAGGACUGCAGGGACGCCGUCUCACGGAGCGCAGGCUGGAGAGGAGUACUAGCUCGCAAGUGACUCAGGGCCAAACGGCAGUCACUGUCGCUGCAAGGGCGCCCCAGACGUCUUCUCAGGAGUUUGCCGCGGGC